AUGUCCUAUUUCACCUUCGCGUCGUCAGAGUACGACCUGCCGCAUCCGACGCUUUCUCGGAAUCAACCUCGGUUCUACAUACAUGAUCGACCAGCUUAUUCGCCUGCCCAGGCUUCGACUCCGCUAGUUGGCGGAGAGUCGCUGCAUUCCCGGCACCCAUCGAUCAACAACUCGAUGUACUCUGGGGCAAGUACUCCAUACCACCGGGGUUCUUUCUACGGCUCCGGAUCCCGAACUUCGCUCGCAGCGCUGCGUCACGCCCUGCAUCACUAUCGCACAUACUCGGAGAACCCCACAACGGAUUCUCUGACGCCUUCAGCACAGCUCCCCAGUGUUCCUAGAGGUCAAUGCCCGCCUCCACCUCCCGGCGCACGACCGGAAAACUACGACGGAACCGCGUACGAGCAGUCUGAGGCCUCGGGAGGACCGGUAAGCUGGGACUCUGAUAUGUGGCGGAUCCCUGGCCAGCCAUUGGACGCCCUUAUCGAUAUCCACCGUGUCCUGUACCGUGGAAGUGAAUUCGAGGAGGGAGAAGACAACGCUGCCUGGUCCGAGCACGGAAAAGAGGUCAAGCGAGUCAUUGAACAGUGGUUUGAGGGGGACUGCGUCUACGACCACCCCCUCGUCCGGCUGUCUUCGAGGCAGUCCGUGCUCACCCAUUUCGCCCUCCUGCAGCUUCUCGCGACUGCUUAUGUGCCAUCCUUCACGCCGUCGUCGAUCCUGCAUCACGCUCGAAGCGUUACCAGCUAUGCCCGUCGGGCCCUCCUAGGCUCUGACUCGGACGACUUAGCUGCGGACCAGGCCCACGACAUUCAGGUCUCGCCGUCAGGACAGGUCGAUGAGUGGCUUCAGUCUUCGGGGCCGCAACUCAUCAGGAGGCGCAAUGCCGACCCUAACGGCUGGUGGAAGUUGUGGGACGUAUCGGCUGAGUGCCGUGACAUUGGCUGCAUGGAGUGCUAUGAGGGUUACCACGUUGCUCUCAUCGACCACGUCAUCUCUCUGACGCUCUUCCCGUCGAUCAUCAAGCCGAGGAUGAACAGUCUGUCGCCUAACGUCUCGACCGACUCCCUCAACUCGACUUAUGCUUCGCGGUCGUACUUACACUCGAUCGUUGCGUCGGUUCUGCAGGAGUUUGACUUCCUGCUGCACUGGGACCUGCCUGUCUCUACCAUUGUUGAGUUCAAUGAGGUCGGCAAAGCGACGCACGUCCGAGAUGUCGUCGAUGUGCGCGACGUGAUCGACACGUUCGUGCCGUUCGCGAAGCGCUUCAACUGGCUCUCACGACGUCUCACGGGUGUCCUCACUUCGACCAUCGGCUCUGUGGCCAUGGCCCUCAUCCCUGGCCACUCCGUAGUCAUCGGAGACCCCAUCAGGAUCUUGGAUGAGACGCAGGCUGCGAAGGCAAAGGAGGAAGAGGAGAGCCGCGCGAAGAUCAAGGAGCUUGAGGCGAAGCCCGACAUGGGAUCGCCUGCCGGCUUGGAGUCCCACGUUGACGACGGCUUCUACCCGUGCCCGAGUGGAGUUAGACAUAAUUCUCUGGGUUUGGAAGGUGUCUCGAUGGCGCCUGACGUCGACGGGGCCAACCUAUCGCUCUAUAACGUCACGGCGCUGCUCGUCCUCGACUCGGAGGGCAACCGCGUGAUGGCCAAGUACUACAAGCCCCCCCACGGACUCGCGGCGCAGGACCUGAACAUUGGCGCGGGCGGCCCGGGGAUGCCGGGACUGCAGACGCUGAAGGAGCAGCGGGCGUUCGAGAAGAGCAUCUGGGAGAAGACGCGGCGAGGAGCUGGCGACAUCCACCCGCUGCCCCCGCACGUCAUUCUGUCGCGCACAUCGACCGACCUCCAGUUCCACAUCGUCGGCCCGCUCGCGACGAGCAACGAGCUCAUGCUUCAGCAAACGCUGACUGCGUUCCACGACGCUGUCUCCCUCCUCCUCCGCGGACAGAUCGAGAAGAGGAAUGUCCUCGAGAGCCUCGAUCUCGUCCUCCUUGCCGCUGACGAGACGAUCGACGACGGCGUCACUUCCGGACUUCUGGAAAGGCCGAGGAAGAGUGCAGGAGGUGUCAUCGGCGGCUUCCCAAAACAGGCCUUCCAGCUGACAACCAGAAUUAUUCUUGAGACGGACGCCGCUGCCAUCGCUGGCCGCGUCACGCGUCCCCGGCCCGACACGACGGAUAUCGUUAUCAACGAGCAGACGCUCCUCAACGCCUACUCGACCUUCAAGGAGCGUGUGUCGGCGCGCAUCCAGCAACUCUAG